AUGACCGACAUCAAAGUUGCCAACUCGCCAAGCGUGUUGUCCGUCCCUACAGAUCCGGAAAAGGAUAUCUCGACGCGCAUUGAUGAAGAAAUUACUGGAAAUGAAUAUGUCGAUCCCAAAAUUGAAAGAUCCUUGGUUCGGAAAUUCGAUCUUUUCAUUCUGCCAAUGUGUGCUCUUGUCUAUUACAGCCAUACACUCGAUCGGGCAAACUUGGGAAACGCGAAAACAAUGGGACUUGAGACAGACCUCGGCCUUGUAGACAACGAAUAUUCACUUGUCCUCAUUCUGUUCUAUAUUCCCUACGGUUUGUGCAAUAUUCCCGCAGCUCUCCUUGCAAAACGUUUCAAUCCUGCUAGAGUCAUUCCCAUUAUGAUGGGGAUUUGGGGAUCGCUCUCCAUGAUCACUGCUUCCACUACAAAUUUUGGCGGUCUUCUAGCAGUGAGAGUUCUCAUUGGCGUGGUCGAAGCCAGUUUCAUGCCUUGCGUGUAUUUGUAUUACUCGCUGUUCUAUACAAGAAAGGAACUUGGUUUGAGGACUGCGGCUUGGGGGUUUACCGGUUUCAUUGCUGGCGCAACAAGCGGUUUGAUUUCAUGGGAUGUUUCUCAGUGGCAUCGGUCUUUGACCGGCUGGCAAUACCUAUUCCUCAUCGAGGGUGGCAUGACCGUCGGCCUCGCCGUCAUAAUCUUCUUCAUCCUACCCCGGGAUACUAACACGAGAUGGUUUACCGACGAAGAGCGACGAGUUGCACAGAUUCGCUUACGUCGUGAAUCCAACUUGGAAGGGGCUGGUCAGAUCUCUUGGAAUGUCGCUUUCCAGGUUGUUCGAAAAUGGCAAGUUUGGGCUUUUGCAGCUAUGGCUUUUCUAUGUGGUGUUGGUGUUGCUAGCGCUUCCAACUUUCUUCCGACCAUGGUCAAGCGAAUCGCGCAAUCUACACCUCAAGGUAACUUGUACACCGUCGGUCCCAACCUUGUCGCCGCGUUUGUACAGAUCGUCUCCGCUUGGUUGUCCGAUCGCUACCAACAACGUGCGUUGGUAUCCUUCUGCACUUUGAUCGUCUCCAUGAUCGGUUUUAUUCUUCUUGCUACUCUCGACCUCGUCCAUCAUACUCACGUGGGAUAUUUCCUUACCUACAUGAUCACCUUCGGUACAUAUAUGCCCGAACUCUUGAUGCCCCUUUGGCUCAGUAGCAAUCUGACCAACGCGUCUUCACGAGCCGUCGCAUUGGGCCUGUUUAUUGGUGGGCAGAAUAUUGGUGGUAUUCUUUCAAGUGCCGUCUUCAGGGCUCAGUACGCACCAGUAUAUGCACCGGCUUUGAUUACCGUGGCGAUCUGUCAGGGGCUUUUGUUGGUAGCAUUGAUUGCUAUGAGACAAUAUUACGUCUUCCAGAACAAGAAAUUGGCCACAGGCGAACUGGCACCGCCCAAGGAAUUGGAGAAUAAUCAUGACUUCAAGUAUGCCAUAUGA